CUUAAGGCUCCAGCGUUUCCAAGCGAAAGAGAAAACACUUCUGAAGAAACUUGGAGGCAAAAGGGGUUAAAUGAAAUCCAACUCUCCUUUUCCUGUGCUGUAAGGAUUAGUAACCAAACAGGAGCUGGAGAGAAGAGCCUUUUAGAGCCACUGUUUGAACCAGAACAGUAGGAAAGUGGCUAUUGGAGCUUGCCUACAUAUAGGUGUAAGUGCCUCUAACUUUUGCACUCACCAUUAACAGGUACAUGCGGAAGGCAAAGAUGAAGAACUUGUUCCUUCUGCUCUUAUUAGCAAUGAUGCCACCUUCUCCAUUAUCAGAUUCCAGGAUGAGACGGCAAAUUGAUGUUUGGGGCAGCUGGGGGGAAUGGAGCGAAUGCAGUCGGAGCUGUGGUGGGGGUGUCAGUUUUCGACAGCGGCGCUGCUAUUCCCAAAGGACAGAAGGUGGUUCCAGUUGCACUGGACCAACUCAAAGCUAUCGCUCAUGCAAUAUUCAGAGCUGCCCAGAAGGGUCCCGGGAUUUUCGGGCAGAGCAAUGUGCAGAGUUUGAUGGGACAGAAUUUGAAGGAAAGAAAUACAAGUGGCUCCCAUAUUAUGGAGCACCCAAUAAGUGUGAGUUAAACUGUAUUCCCAAGGGAGAAAACUUUUACUACAGGCACAAGGAAGCAGUAGUAGAUGGGACUACAUGUGAACCUGGCAAGAGGGACAUCUGCGUGGAAGGAGUCUGUCAGGCUGUUGGCUGUGAUAACAUGUUGGACUCUGCCAAGAAGGAGGACAAGUGCCUGCAGUGUGGAGGAGAUGGCAGUACCUGCUAUGGAGUGAAAGGCAAUUUUGAUGUAGCCAACCUCCCUAAAGGCUACAAUCAGAUCUUCAUCAUCCCCAUGGGAGCCACCAGCAUCCACAUUAAGGAGGUUAAGCCCAGCAGGAACUUUCUGGCCAUCAAGAACGUGCGAGGGGAGUAUUACCUGAACGGGCACUGGACCAUCGACUCGAGCCGCGCGCUGCGCGUGGCCAGCACCGUGCUGCACUACGAGCGCGGCGCGGGCGGCGACCUGGCCCCGGAGCUCCUCCACGCCCGGGGCCCCACCACGGAGCCGCUGGUCAUUGAGCUCAUCAGUCAGGAGCCCAACCCUGGGGUGCAGUAUGAGUACUACCUGCCUGUGCAAGGCCAGAGCGCAGGUUACAGCUGGAGCUACAGUUCCUGGAGCGAGUGCAGCUCCGAGUGUGGCGGAGGUUUUCAGUCACGCUUGGUAUUUUGCACCAUAGACAAUGAAAUUUAUCCCGACUAUAUGUGCAGGAAUAAACCACAGCCAGACAAUAACCGGACAUGUGGCCGUCAGGCCUGUCCCCAGACCAAACGGACUUCUUACAUCUACCUGCCGCGAGCCUGGAACCACAGUGGAGCACGGAGCUCUCAGACGAAGAGGUGGAAAACAGGGGAGUGGGGCCCCUGCUCGGCCACCUGUGGUGGAGGCACCCAGAGCCGCUCUGUCUACUGCAUGGCCUUCGACGGGGAGAGCGCCCAGGGGGCGGUGGACACCGCCGAGUGCAUGGCCUUUGCGCAGCAGCCUCGCAGCAGCCAGCCCUGCAACACCAGGCAGUGUGCAAGCUGGAGCACGGGGCCCUGGUCAGAGUGCUCAGUGAGCUGUGGGGAGGGUGUCCGCACCCGCUCGGUGGCCUGCAGAACGCAGCAGGGCGCUCAGGCUCAGGAUCUUGCUUGCCUGCUGCAGCCCAAACCACCAGCCACCCAGCCCUGCCUCGGGGAGAGCUGCAUGCAGGAGAUCGGCUGGCACGUUGGCGACUGGGGCCUGUGUUCGAAAAGCUGCGACUCGGGCAUCCGGACACGCCAAGUCAUCUGCGCUGACGGCGACUCCAAAUUCUACAAUCCCGAGAUGUGCAAAGCCAUCCAGCCACAGAAACCAGCCACGCUGGGUGGCUGCAACAUGCAGCCGUGCUACCUGCCACAGCAGGUCCCCAGUAUGCAGGACACUACGGGAUAUGAUGUCACCCGGCAGUCCUUGCUGACACGUUACAACCCAAACAGCCCUGCCACAGAUCCUGAUGAUGAAGGGAUGCGCCCUGGGACCUCCGUGGCCCAUGGUAGCUCUGGGAAUCACCAAGUUCAGUCCGAGGACCGUGGCCCCAACCUCUUGCCACUUCGCUGGGAAUCCCAGUCGCGCUCAUCGGGUUCCCGACAGCUCAGCUUCCCUGGGGACCUCGCUGCAGGGACCAACACUCAGGACUGCAAUCGGAGCCCCCACGGCUGCUGUCCGGAUGGGCACACUCCAGCUUCAGGUCCUCUGGGCAGAGGUUGCCCCUUUGGCACCUGCCAGCAGAGCAGGUACGGGUGCUGUCCUGAUGGAAUAUCAUCUGCCCAGGGCCCAGACAACAUGGGAUGCCCACAGUAUUACAGUGAUGUUCGAGUGAACAGAAGUCAGCCCACUGCAGCCACUUCUGUGGAGAGCCCAGCCUCGUCCCAGCAGCACCCCCCAGGCGAAUGCCGCGCGUCCCGCUACGGCUGCUGUUUUGACAACAUCGCUUCAGCUUCAGGCCCUCAAGGGGAAGGAUGUCGCGAUAGGCCCAGCUACCCCUUUCCCGUGCUGUGCCUGCUGCCCAGCGCCCACGGCCCCUGCGCGGACUGGAGCACUCGCUGGUACUUUGUGGCAGUCGUUGGCAAAUGCAACCGGUUCUGGUACGGCGGCUGUCACGGCAACAGGAACAGCUUUGCCUCGGAGGAGGAGUGCAUGAGGGCUUGCCAGGACCGCGAGGGCCUGGGGCAGCAGGGACCUGCAGGCUCCUUCCCAGCGCGAACUCUGCACAGAGCCAUCCUGGAGGAGGGCAGACCCACCCUUGUGACAGUAGCCGUGGGACAAAACAUCCAGCUGUUCUGCAAGAUGGGCACAUUCCCCUUCUCCCACGUGGAGUGGAUGAAGGACGGGCGGCCGUUCUCCUCCGACAGGCACAGCUACCAGUCUGACAGCUCCUUGGUCAUCAGCCACGUCAGCUCGGAGGACGCGGGGACUUACACGUGCCUCGUUUCCAGCGGGAGGACGGACGGAGCUGAGAGACGGCAGGUUCAGUUGCAGAUCUCAGAGUACCAGGGCGCUGUGCUGGCAGGGAGCGAGAGGGACCGGGCCGCACACAAGGAAGACAAGCAGCAUGGAGAGCAGUCCAGGGGCAGCGACACGGAGCCAGCAGCCGGCUCCUCCGUGCGUCAGCAGCUCACGUACAGGUGGCGUAAGUGGGACUUUCCUGGUAGGAGAAUGCUCCUGCUACUGGAGGCAACACAGAGUUGUCCUCCAGCUAGUGGUGAUUUCCUUCCUGGUGCAGGAGAGCUGAGGAUCACUGGUCUGCUUCCAAGCAUCACUGUAUCUGAGGGAGAGACUGCCCUGCUGCACUGCACAGUGAGCGGCAGCGAUGUGACUAUACGGUGGUCAAGGAACGGCGUCCCCAUGCGGGCGGAUGGCCACCACAUCCACCUGGCCCAGGACGGCAGCCUGACGAUAAAACUGGCAGGGUGGAGAAGGCGCUGGCUCCUUUGGGAGGGAAAUGGAAACGUGAGGGACAGGAUGGGGAGGUGGAUUUCGGGCGAGCUUCGUGCAGACCUGAUUGAGCCUCUUCCCUCCCGCUUGGCCGCGGCAGCCGUGAACGACGUGGUGGAGGGGAGCAGCGAGUGCGUGGACCAGCCCCACCUGGCCAACUGCGAGCUCAUCGUGCAGGCGCAGCUCUGCGGCAACCGCUACUACGGCAGCUUCUGCUGCGCCAGCUGCGCGCGCCAGCGCCCCGGCCCCGCGCGGCGCUGA